AUGACAGGGGAAGACGAGCCUAUUCGAGUCUUGAUCGCCGGCGCAGGCAUCGCAGGUCUUGCAACGGCUAUAUCACUAACACGCAUAUCAACUCUUCCAAACUUGGAUAUUCAACUAUAUGAACAGGCACCAGAACUGUUGGAGAUAGGCGCUAGUAUUGCGCUCAGUCCAAAUGGCAUGCGCACAUUGGAGAAACUGGGCGUACACAAUGCCCUAACAGAUGAAAUCGGCCACUGGAAAACCGACCAAGUUAUGUCCAUUGACACCCAUGCCAAUGUCCCUGAUCCACGUCAUCAUACUACGCGCUUCCACCGGGGCCAUCUCCACUCUGCUCUGCUCCAACAUGUUCCCAGAGAGUCAAUCCACUUAGACAAGAAGAUUGCGCGCGCAGAAGUCGAACAAGACGGUGUUUCGUUGUAUUUCGAGGAUAGGAGUAGUGCUCACGGAGAUAUUCUCAUUGGGGUAGAUGGGAUUCGAUCGAGUGUUAGACAAUCGUUCAUCCCGGAUUAUAAGCUACGGUUCAGUGGGAAGGUAUUCAUGAGGGCGACAUUUGACGCCUCGUUGGUAGAGGGCAAGAUCCCUGAUUUGCCUGCUGAUUCGAUGCACUGGCGGGGUCCUAAAGACAACUUCUUUGCGUCUCGGCUUGGCAAGGACCAGUAUACGACCGUCGGUGCAUACGAUGACCCACGCUCAGCAGAGGAGGUGGAGAAAAGUAUUGCGUGGGAUCAAGUUGGCAAUGUGGAGUUCUUAAGACAGAGAUACGAGGACUGGAAUCCCACAGUCAAAGCUCUAACGAAGCUCACACCAUCCACAAAUCUGUAUCCCAAUUUCGCGGGCGAUGCUCUCCCAAACUGGGUCUUUGGGUCGCGAGUGACUCUAGUCGGAGACGCAGCCCAUGCCCACGGCGGUGCGUUCGCAGCAGGAGGCUCGCUGGCGCUAGAUGAUUCCCUCGCCCUUGGCCUUGCUUUCAAACAAGUGUUCCAUUUGAGAAAUGCCACGUUCUCGGCUAGAAAUAUCAAGGAGGCAUUGAGGCUAUACAGUCAAGCCAGGCAGCCGCAUACAGAUCGGUUGUUACGUAUCGUGCACAGCCAGAUCGACAAGAAAGGUAUUAUUUUUGCGACAGACAAAGAAGAGGAUGCUGCACUUAUUGCUCGGAUGACUGAUAGGCCGGAUACGGUGUGGCUCUCGGAACACGAUGUUGAAGCUGCGUUCAACGCUGUUGUUGAACUGGAAGGGGCGCAGCGGCAGGUAAGCCUUGUUGAGCCGGCUGGAAAUAUAGGCGGAGAGAUCCAACUCCAGGGAAGUAAGUUAUAG